GAGAACAGAGCCCCCAGACUUCACCAAGAGUUGGCUGCUGGAGUUAAGCCUUGGUGACAGUUAUGCUUACACAAUCAUAACAUCCUAACAAGUGUACCAAGUCUUCUAGCUGGCACCAUGGGUGUCCAACCUCUUCUCACUCUUACGGCUGUUUGCCUCUUCCUCAGUGUAUCUGGUGAACAGAAAGCGGACUGCAUUUACAAAGGAAAAAUCUACAAAGAUGGAGAAAUGGUUACAAAAAACUGUCAAAUAUGUGAAUGUGACAAUGGUGAAAUCAAAGAUUGUUCAUUUAAUAUAGCAUGUACUGUGGCUCCAGAACAUGUGACUGAUACACACAUUAAUUAUGAUGAUGACCCACAUGUUUUUGGAAGCAGUGAUACAAUAUCAAAUGCACAUAUCCUUAAGAAGCGUUCCAUACGUAUGGAAAAUGUCAUGAAAGUACCUGCAAAGGAUAAUAACAAAGUUUCUCACGAGGUUGAUGUUAAAGGUGGUCUAGGAUUAGGAAAUGCUAAUCUAAACCUUGGAGGUGGUCUAGGACUUGGAAACGCCAAUGUAAAUCUGGAAGGCGGUCUAGGACUGGGAAAAGCUAAACUAGAUCUUGGGGGAGCACUUGGUCAUCACAAUGCACAUGCGGAAGUCAGCAGCGGCGAAGAGAGAAAGUUGAUUAACAUUGAUGGAGGAGUUUCUGUUAAUGGGAAUGAGAAACACAAGUUUGAUGUUAACGGUGGUCUCGGAUUAGGAAAUGCUAAUCUAAACCUUGGAGGUGGUCUAGGACUUGGAAACGCCAAUGUAAAUCUGGAAGGCGGUCUAGGACUGGGAAAAGCUAAACUAGAUCUUGGGGGAGCACUUGGUCAUCACAAUGCACAUGCGGAAGUCAGCAGCGGCGAAGAGAGAAAGUUGAUUAACAUUGAUGGAGGAGUUUCUGUUAAUGGAAAUGAGAAACAUAAGGUUGAUGUUAACGGUGGUCUCGGAUUAGGAAAUGCUAAUCUAAACCUUGGAGGUGGUCUAGGACUUGGAAACGCCAAUGUAAAUCUGGAAGGCGGUCUAGGACUGGGAAAAGCUAAACUAGAUCUUGGGGGAGCACUUGGUCAUCACAAUGCACAUGCGGAAGUCAGCAGCGGCGAAGAGAGAAAGUUGAUUAACAUUGAUGGAGGAGUUUCUGUUAAUGGGAAUGAGAAACACGAGGUUGAUGUUAAAGGUGGUCUCGGAUUAGGAAAUGCUAAUCUAAACCUUGGAGGUGGUCUAGGACUUGGAAACGCCAAUGUAAAUCUGGAAGGCGGUCUAGGACUGGGAAAAGCUAAACUAGAUCUUAGGGGAGCACUUGGUCAUCACAAUGCACAUGCGGAAGUCAGCAGCGGCGAAGAGAGAAAGUUGAUUAACAUUGAUGGAGGAGUUUCUGUUAAUGGAAAUGAGAAACACGAGGUUGAUGUUAACGGUGGUCUCGGAUUAGGAAAUGCUAAUCUGAACCUUGGAGGUGGUCUAGGACUUGGAAACGCCAAUGUAAAUCUGGAAGGCGGUCUAGGACUGGGAAAAGCUAAACUAGAUCUUAGGGGAGCACUUGGUCAUCACAAUGCACAUGCGGAAGUCAGCAGCGGCGAAGAGAGAAAGUUGAUUAACAUUGAUGGAGGAGUUUCUGUUAAUGGGAAUGAGAAACACAAGGUUGAUGUUAACGGUGGUCUCGGAUUAGGAAAUGCUAAUCUAAACCUUGGAGGUGGUCUAGGACUUGGAAACGCCAAUGUAAAUCUGGAAGGCGGUCUAGGACUGGGAAAAGCAAAACUAGAUCUUAGGGGAGCACUUGGUCAUCACAAUGCACAUGCGGAAGUCAGCAGCAGCGAUGAGAGAAAGUUGAUUAACAUUGAUGGAGGAGUUUCUGUUAAUGGGAAUGAGAAACACUUGAUUGAUGUUAAAGGCGGUCUAGGAUUAGAAAAUGGAAAUCUGAAUCUCGGAGGUGGUCUAGGAUUAGGAAAUGCCAAUGUAAAUCUAGGAGGAAAUCUAGGACUGGGAAACUCCAAUCUACACGUGAAAGGUGGAAUUGGUCAUGAGAAUUUGCAAGGUGCUAUCAGCAGCAGUGGUGAAGACCAAAAAAUUAUUAACAUUGAUGGAGGAUCUUCAGUGAAUAAGGAAAUUGUGGAAGCCAUUGAGAAACAUUUGAUUGAUGUGAAAGGUGGCCUAGGAGUAGGAAAUGCCAAUGUAAACCUAGGAGGUAUAUUAGGUCAUCAGAAAGGACAACAUGUUGCUAGCAGCCAUGAGGAACGAAAGGUGAUCAUCAAUGGAAAUAUGCAGAGUGGCCAUAAGGAAUCAUCUGAGGAGGAUAAAAAUGACUCAGGAGAAGGCACAAAGCGUGUGAUUGAUGUGAAAGGUGGCUUAGGAUUAGGAAAUGUCAAUUUAAAUCUAGGAGGUAUAUUGGGUCAUCAGAACGGACACCGAGUUGUUAGCAGCCAUGAGGAGAAAAAUGUAAUCAUCAAUGGGAAGAUGCGGGGUGAACAUAAAGAUUCAUCUGAGGAGGAUAAAAUUGACACAGGAGAAGAUGAGAUUGACAUUAAUGGUGGUCUAGGAUUAGGAAACUCCAAUCUAAACCAUGGAGGUGGUCUAGGACUGAGAAAAGCCAAACUAAAUCUUAGAGGAGGACUUGGUCAUCACAAUGUACAGGCUGAUGUCAGCAGCAGCGAAGAGAGAAAAUUGAUUAACAUUGAUGGAGGAGUUUCUCUUAAUGGGAAUGCAGAGGCCAAUGAGAAACACUUGAUUGAUGUUAAAGGCAGUCUAGGAUUAGGAAAUGCCAAUGUAAAUCUAGGAGGAGAUCUAGGACUGGGACACUCCAAUCUACAUGUGAAAGGUGGAAUUGGUCAUCAGAAUUGGCAAGGUGCUGUCAGCAGCAAUGGUGAAGACCAAAAAUUGAUUAACAUUGAUGGAGGAGCUUCAUUCAAUAAGGGAAUUGUGGAAGCCAUUGAGAAACAUUUGAUUGAUGUGAAAGGUGGCCUAGGAGUAGGACAUGCCAGUGCAAACCUAGGAGGUAUAUUAGGUCAUCAGAAAGGACAACAUGAUGUUAGCAGCCAUAAGGAAAAAAAGGUGAUCAUCAAUGGAAAUAUAAGGAGUGGCCAUAAGGAAUCAUCUGAGGAGGAUAAAAAUGAAUCAGGAGAAGGCAGAAACGGUAUAAUUGAUGUAAAAGGUGGCCUAGGAUUAGGAAAUGUGAAUUUAAAUCUAGGAGGUAUAUUGGGUCAUCAGGACGGACAUCGAGUUGUUAGCAGCCAUGAGGAGAAAAAUGUGAUCAUCAAUGGGAAGGUGCGGGCUGAACAUAAAGAAUCAUCUGAGGAGGAUAAAAAAGACUCAGGGGAAGAAGGAAAGAGUGUGAUUGAUGUGAAAGGUGGCCUAGGAUUAGGAAAUGUCAAUUUAAAUCUAGGAGGUAUAUUAGGUCAUCAGAAAGGACACCGAGUUGUUAGUAGCCAUGAGGAGAAAAAUGUGAUCAUCAAUGGGAAGGUGCGGGCUGAACAUAAAGAAUCAUCUGAGGAGGAUAAAAAAGACUCAGGGGAAGAAGGAAAGAGUGUGAUUGAUGUCAAAGGUGGCCUAGGAUUAGGAAAUGUCAAUUUAAAUCUAGGAGGUAUAUUGGGUCAUCAGAAAGGACACCGAGUUGUUAGUAGCCACGAGGAGAAAAAUGUGAUCAUCAAUGGGAAGGUGCGGGCUGAACAUAAAGAAUCAUCUGAGGAGGAUAAAAAAGACUCAGGGGAAGAAGGAAAGAGUGUGAUUGAUGUGAAAGGUGGCCUAGGAUUAGGAAAUGUCAAUUUAAAUCUAGGAGGUAUAUUGGGUCAUCAGAAAGGACACCGAGUUGUUAGUAGCCACGAGGAGAAAAAUGUGAUCAUCAAUGGGAAGGUGCGGGCUGAACAUAAAGAAUCAUCUGAGGAGGAUAAAAAAGACUCAGGGGAAGAAGGAAAGAGUGUGAUUGAUGUGAAAGGUGGCCUAGGAUUAGGAAAUGUCUAUUUAAAUCUAGGAGGUAUAUUGGGUCAUCAGAAAGGACACAGAGUUGUUAGUAGCCAUGAGGAGAAAAAUGUGAUCAUCAAUGGGAAGGUGCGGGCUGAACAUAAAGAAUCAUCUGAGGAGGAUAAAAAAGACUCAGGGGAAGAAGGAAAGAGUGUGAUUGAUGUGAAAGGUGGCCUAGGAUUAGGAAAUGUCAAUUUAAAUCUAGGAGGUAUAUUGGGUCAUCAGAAAGGACACCGAGUUGUUAGUAGCCACGAGGAGAAAAAUGUGAUCAUCAAUGGGAAGGUGCGGGCUGAACAUAAAGAAUCAUCUGAGGAGGAUAAAAAAGACUCAGGGGAAGAAGGAAAGAGUCUGAUUGAUGUGAAAGGUGGCCUAGGAUUAGGAAAUGUCGAUUUAAAUCUAGGAGGUAUAUUGGGUCAUCAGAAAGGACACCGAGUUGUUAGUAGCCAUGAGGAGAAAAAUGUGAUCAUCAAUGGGAAGGUGCGGGCUGAACAUAAAGAAUCAUCUGAGGAGGAUAAAAAAGACUCAGGGGAAGAAGGAAAGAGUGUGAUUGAUGUCAAAGGUGGCCUAGGAUUAGGAAAUGUCGAUUUAAAUAUAGGAGGUAUAUUGGGUCAUCAGAAAGGACACCGAGUUGUUAGUAGCCACGAGGAGAAAAAUGUGAUCAUCAAUGGGAAGGUGCGGGCUGAACAUAAAGAAUCAUCUGAGGAGGAUAAAAAAGACUCAGGGGAAGAAGGAAAGAGUGUGAUUGAUGUGAAAGGUGGCCUAGGAUUAGGAAAUGUCAAUUUAAAUCUAGGAGGUAUAUUGGGUCAUCAGAAAGGACACCGAGUUGUUAGUAGCCACGAGGAGAAAAAUGUGAUCAUCAAUGGGAAGGUGCGGGCUGAACAUAAAGAAUCAUCUGAGGAGGAUAAAAAAGACUCAGGGGAAGAAGGAAAGAGUGUGAUUGAUGUGAAAGGUGGCCUAGGAUUAGGAAAUGUUGAUUUAAAUCUAGGAGGUAUAUUGGGUCAUCAGAAAGGACACCGAGUUGUUAGUAGCCAUGAGGAGAAAAAUGUGAUCAUCAAUGGGAAGGUGCGGGCUGAACAUAAAGAAUCAUCUGAGGAGGAUAAAAAAGACUCAGGGGAAGAAGGAAAGAGUGUGAUUGACGUAAAAGGUGGCCUAGGACUAGGAAAUGUCAAUUUAAAUCUAGGAGGUAUAUUGGGUCAUCAGAACGGACACCGAGUUGUUAGCAGCCAUGAGGAGAAAAAUGUGAUCAUCAAUGGGAAGGUACGGGGUGAUCAUAAAGAAUCAUCUGAGGAAGAUAAAAAAGACUCAGGGGAAGGAGGAAACGGAGGUAUAUUGGGUCAUCAGAACGGACACCGAGUUGUUAGCAGCCAUGAGGAGAAAAAUGUGAUCAUCAAUGGGAAGGUGCGAGGUGAUCAUAAAGAAUCAUCUGGGGAAGAUAAAAAAGACUCAGGGGAAGGAGGAAUGGAACAUAUACACGACCAUAAAAAUGGACAGCAAGUGGUUAUCAGCCAUGAGAAAAAAAGUAAAAUAGUCAAGGGAAGAUUGCAGGGUGAUCUUAAGGAAUCCUCUGAGGAAGAUGAUGAUUCAAAUGAAGAAGGAAAUGGUAUUCAUGUAAAUGGCAAAUUUGAAGUCGGAAAAAUCAUUGGCCAUCAUAAAGCACAUGGUGACUUCGACAGCAGCAGCAGUGCAGAAAUUAAGGUUAUCAAAGGACAUUUGAACCAAGGUCACAAAAAUGAAGAAGAAUCAUCUGAGGAGAGAGAGGUUAAUACCAAGGAAAAUAUCAAGAUUUCCAAGGAAGAUGAGGACAACUCAAAAGCAGGUCUUCACAUGAAAGGUAACAUCAAACUGAAAAAUAUUAAAGGUGCAAUCAGCAGGAUCAAGUCAAAAAUAGUCAAAAUCAAUGGAAAAGUAAGGAAAGGACAGCAGAAAGAAUCAUCCGAGGAAGACACAUCUGAUUUAAAUGGAGAACAACAAGAAGAAGACUCGGAUAAAGAGAUUAGUGUGGAAAACAAAGAAACUAACAUUCCAGAAGUAGAAGAGGAGCCUAUUACCAAAAGUGUUUAUAUUCCUCUAGUACACCCUGAAGAAGAAACAGUUGUUGCACAAGAAUCAAGACAAGAAGAAUCGAGUAAUACAAAUACUGAAGAAUCAAAUGUAGAAAAUAACAUCAACACAAAUAUUGAUGAAGAAAACAGCCAAGUAAAUGAGGGUGCCAUUACUGAAGCUCCUGUUGAAGUAAAUGCUAAGCCUCUAAUAGGAGAAGAAGAGUCAGAAAAUACAAAGACUGUAGAAACAAAUGUGGAAAAUAACAGCAACACAAAUAUUGAUGAAGAAAACAGCCAAGUAAAUGAAGGCUCCAUUAUUGAAGCUCCUGUGGAAGUAGAUGCUAAGCCUCUAAUAGGGGAAGAAGAAGAAUCAAGUAAUACAAAUACUGAAGAAUCAAAUGUAGAAAAUAACAUCAACACAAAUACUGAUGAAGAAAAGAUCCAAGUAAAUGGAGGCACCAUUACUGAAGCGCCUGUGGAAGUAGAUGCUAAGCCUCUAAUAGGGGAAGAAGAGUCAGAAAAUACAAAGACUGUAGAGACAAAUGUAGAAAAUAACAGCAACACAAAUAUUGAUGAAGAAAACAGCCAAGUAAAUGAAGGCGCCAUUAUUGAAGCUCCUGUUGAAGUAGAUGCUAAGCCUCUAAUAGGGGAAGAAGAAGAAUCAAGUAAUACAAAUACUGAAGAAUCAAAUGUAGAAAAUAACAUCAACACAAAUACUGAUGAAGAAAAGAUCCAAGUAAAUGGAGGCACCAUUACUGAAGCGCCUGUGGAAGUAGAUGCUAAGCCUCUAAUAGGGGAAGAAGAGUCAGAAAAUACAAAGACUGUAGAGACAAAUGUAGAAAAUAACAGCAACACAAAUAUUGAUGAAGAAAACAGCCAAGUAAAUGAAGGCGCCAUUAUUGAAGCUCCUGUUGAAGUAGAUGCUAAGCCUCUAAUAGGGGAAGAAGAAGAAUCAAGUAAUACAAAUACUGAAGAAUCAAAUGUAGAAAAUAACAUCAACACAAAUACUGAUGAAGAAAAUAACCAAGUAAAUGAGGGCACGAUUACUGAAGCGCCUGUGGAAGUAGAUGCUAAGCCUUUAAUAGGGGAAGAAGAGUCAGAAAAUACAAAGACUGUAGAGACAAAUGUAGAAAAUAACAGCAACACAAAUAUUGAUGAAGAAAACAGCCAAGUAAAUGAAGGAGCCAUUAUUGAAGCUCCUGUGGAAGUAGAUGCUAAGCCUCUAAUAGUGGAAGAAAAAGAAUCAAGUAAUACAAAUACUGAAGAAUCAAAUGUAGAAAAUAACAUCAACACAAAUACUGAUGAAGAAAACAGCCAAGUAAAUGAGGGCACGAUUACUGAAGCGCCUGUGGAAGUAGAUGCUAAGCCUUUAAUAGGGGAAGAAGAGUCAGAAAAUACAAAGAAUGUAGAAACAAAUGGGGAAAAUAACAGCAACACAAAUAUUGAUGAAAAUAGCCAAAUCAAUGAGGCCCCCAUUACUGAAGCUCCUGUGGAAGUAGAUGCUGAACCUGCAAUAGCAGGACCUGUGGAAGCAUUAGGUUCAGAAAACCUGCCAGCGGAAGGAGAAUCUUGCAUCUUCAAUAAAGAUUCUGUAUUACACGGACAAUCUGUUCAGCUCACUUGUGUCACAUGCAACUGCAAUAAUGGAGCCCUGACAUGCAUAAAAGACCUUUCUUGUCAAGGUAUCUGCUCUGUGACUGGCCAUCAGAUGAUUCGUACUUUUGAUGGAAGCUUAUAUGAAAGUCCUGGAACCUGUAGUUAUAUGUUGGUGAAAACUUCAAUCUUCUCAAUUACCCUGAACAACAAACCAUGUGCUGAAAAUCCAGAUGCAACUUGCAUUGAUUCAGUGGACAUUUACAUCCCAUCCAAAGCAUCUAUAAAGCUCUUAUCAGAUGGAACUAUACUAUCAGCAGGGGUGAAAACUCUCCUUCCAUUUAAUAUUCAGGAAACCGUUACUGUGCUAAGGAGCUCUUCAGUCUUCCUGGAUGUUGUCAGUCUCUUCUUCACCCUACAGUACGACUUUAAGGCCAACAGAAUUUAUAUUAUCCUUGAUUCUAGUUUCAAAGAUCACACUGAUGGGUUGUGCGGAACCUACAAUGACAAUCGUAAUGAUGACUAUAGGAGCUCAAAUGAUAUGACUGAGACAGUUUCCGGUUUAUUCAGCAAAUCCUGGAAGGUUCAAGAACAGUGUUCUGAGCAUGACAAAAAGAGUUAUGACGAAAGUAAACUUGUAGUUUCAGAUCUAAGUUGCAGUGGUGCUUUUGGAGACUCCAUCUUUGAGGACUGCCGUAGUAUCAUUGACAUCCACAGCUAUAAAAGCUCUUGUAUUAACAGUGUUUAUUUUGGUGAUACCGCUGGAUUUUGCUCAUCAAUAGCAGACUAUGCCUAUCGUUGUGCUCGAGCAGGAAUAUUUGUGUCCAUAAGUUCUACUUUCACAGACUGUGCUCUUACUUGUGAGGGGGAUAUGGUUCUUAAUACAGAUGAUACGUUCACCCAACAAGACUGUGCAGAAUAUUCUUCUACACUCAACAAGGUUCCAGCAAUCAUUCCUUUGAAUGAAGCUUGUAUCUGCCCCCCCAACUUAUACUAUGAUGCUUCUUUAGAUAAGUGUGUUGAAGGAGACCAAUGUCCUUGUUAUAUAAAUAAUCAGGUUUACAAGAUCGGAGAAACAAUCAUCCAACAGAAUGGAGAAACUUGCCCAUGUGAGAGGAUUUUGCAAUGUGAUUCUAUUGAAGAGCCAGAAUUGCCAGAAGUGGAUGAAUGCUCAGAAGAUGAAGUGUUUUCAGAUUGUUUCACUGGAAAUGGAAAAGCUUGUGAGCCAUCCUGCCACAAUCUUGAAAUGAUCAGUGGGAUCUGCCCUGCUGACUGUAAACCAGGAUGUGUGUGCAAAUAUGGGUUUUUGAGGGAUAACAAUGGUAAAUGUGUGCCACUUAAUGAAUGUCCAUGUGUCCACGGAGACAACUUCUAUAACCCUGGAGAAACCCUGGCCAAAGAUUGCAACACAUGCACAUGUGAAAAUGGCAAAUUCGUGUGCACCACAAAUGCUUGCAAUGCUGUGUGUAACACCUAUGCUGGAUCUCAAUUCAUCCUUUUUGAUAAAGUCUGGAAGACCUUCCCAACAAGAGACUGUCCAAUCGUCCUAGUUGAGUCUCAGGAACAUGUAACGCCAAGUUUUAAAGUUAUAAUGGAGAAUGUUCACACUGCAGCCUUUGGAGGUGCUUUGGUUACUAAGAAAAUAACUAUCACUUUUGGAGGAACUACUGUAACACUCAGUGACUCAGAACCUAUUGUGAGUCAUAGCUUAGGAAUUCAUAAUGAAGUGAAGAUCUCCAACUCUGGAUUCUACGUGAUUGCUGAAUUUUCAGCAGGUCUUUCAGUAUACUAUGACCAGCACCUUGAUGUUAUUAUUCAGCUCCAGCCCCAGCUUCAGGGGAAAGUAGAGGGUAUGUGUGGUGAUGCGGAUGGAAAAACAACUAAUGAAAUGACCAUAAGCAACAUGGGCCAGUAUGCUGCACAGUUCCUAACUGCAGAGUGUCCGGCUCCAGAAACACCCAUUACUCCUUCAGAUCUUCAUAAACAAUACAUUGAUGUUCGCUGCAGCUUACUGAAGAGCGACGACUUUGCGGAAUGUCACAAUGAGGUUUCCGUGGAACCAUACUACACAGCUUGCAUUGAAGAGACAGCAAACUGCAAAGAGGGUGAAAGUUGCCUCUGCUUCUGUACAGCCCUUGCAGCUUAUGCCAGAGCCUGUUGCCGAAAGGGUAUCACGGUCGAAUGGAGAAACCCUGACACCUGCCCUUCACCCUGUGAAUAUUACAAUAGAGAAUCCGGUGAAGGACCUUACCGCUUAGUCAUGUUGAAUGGAAAGAUCCUAACAGCAGAUUAUGAUACCAGGACUGUUUCACUGGGAGAGAAGGAUAUUCCAGGGCUCCUGAAAGCAAGUUUUAUGGUCACUCGAAGUCUCUUUAAGGACCCACUAAAUGGCAGGAAGCUUAUCUCCCUGGAAUCUGCCCAACACCCUAAUUUCUUUAUUGUGCAAGAAGAUGAUGGCAUCCUCUACCUGAGAAAGUGGCAACCAAAUGUUGACUUCCGUAAACGGGCUACAUUUAUUGUAAGGAAAAAUCGUUGGGUCAAGGGUUUUGAUGCUCUUGAGUCUUUCACACUCCGUGGCAGCUACCUUUCCUUCAGCAACAACUUGAAUGCAGUACUAAUGUCCAAAGUCAAGUCAGGAAGUAUGCUGGAAAUGAGCUUUAAGCUUUCAGAGGAAGCAUUUGGGCUGCCAUCAUUCUCAGUCUGUACAUGGAAAUAUAGAGCUUGCAAUGACCCCUGUAUUCCAACAUGCCAAGAUCCCCUUGCUACCAAGUGCACUCUAAACCUCAAAAUAGAGGGUUGUUUCCCCAUCUGUGCUCCAGGAAUGGUUUUUGAUGAAAUCACUCAUCGUUGUGUUCAACAUGCAGAUUGUGUGACCAUAGAGGAGCUUCCAACCACAGCAAUACCUGCGCAGCCUACAACUAUUCCAAGUUUUGUCCCACCUACAAAGUCUGGAUGUGAAAAUGUUAAGUGUGAAACAAAGAUAUGCAGACCUAAUGAACACCAAGUUUUACUGCCAAAUCCAUCAGAUCCAUGUUGUCCUUUGUAUAAAUGUGAAACAAUUCCUACUACACCAUCUACUGUUACAGAGGAUAAAUGCAAGAACGUACACUGCCAAGAGCCCCCAAAAUGCCUCAAAAAAGGGGCAAUCCAUGAAGAAGUUACCUGGCCAGAUCCCUGCUGCUCUCAUUACACUUGCACGUGCAAAGAAUCCUGUGCCCCUCCACCUUCUUGCGAUGAUGGCAGACCGCCAGUUAGAUCGUAUGAUUCUGAAUAUCAGUGCUGCCCAGAAUACACAUGCGUUGCAGAGACCACCACUCAAGCAACUACAACAAUUAAAGAGGAACCCUGCAAGGACGUAGAUUGCCCAGUUAUAACAUGUGAAGAAAGAGGUUAUGUUGUGGUUGCAACCAUCGGUGAUGAUCCUUGUUGCCCAGAAUAUUUAUGUGUCCCUGAAACCUCUACAGUUCCUCCUCCCAUCGCCACAACUCAGUCUCCUUGUGACAAUUCUGUGUGCCACCCCAACAAGUGUGGUCCUGAAGAUAAAGUAAUAGUGAAGCCCGACCCUAAUGAUCUCUGCUGCCCAUUGUAUGAAUGUGAGUCACCACCGACCACUACAACUACACCAUCACCUACUACAGUGGAUAUAUGCAGGAACAUAGAAUGUGAGGUGCUGACAAGAUGUUACAAGGAAGGCGCUACUAGAGUGCAAGUUUCCUGGCCAGAUCCCUGCUGUCCCCAUUAUAUAUGUGAGUGCCAGGAUGCCUGCGCCCUACCACCUACUUGUUCUGAUGGCAGUCCGCCAAUUAGGUCGUUUGACCCUGAGUAUCAGUGCUGCGCAGAAUACACAUGCGUUGUGGAGACAACCACCGUACCAUCUGGAACACCUAAACAGGAACUUUGCAAGGAUGUAGAUUGCCCAGUUAUAACAUGUGACGAGAGAGGUUAUGUUGUGGUUGCAACCAUUGGCGAUGAUCCUUGCUGCCCGGAAUAUACAUGCGAACCUCAGUUCACCACAGUUCCUCCAAACAUCCUCAUUACUAAGUCUCCUUGUGACAAUUCUGUGUGCCGCCCCAACGAGUGUGGUCCUGAAGAUAAAGUAAUAGUGAAGCCCGACCCUAAUGAUCUCUGCUGCCCAUUGUAUGAAUGUGAGUCACCACCGACAACUACAACUAUACCAUCAACUACUACAGUGGAUAUAUGCAGGAACGUAGAAUGUGAGGUGCUGACAAGAUGUGACAAGCAAGGCGCUACUAGAGUACAAGUUUACUGGUCAGAUCCCUGCUGUCCCCAUUAUAUAUGUGAGUGCCAGGAUGCCUGUGCAGCACCACCAACUUGUUCUGAUGGCAGUCCGCCAAUUAGGUCAUUUGACCCUGAGUAUCAAUGCUGCGCAGAAUACACAUGCGUUUUGGAGACAACCACCGUACCAUCUAAUACACCAAAAGAGGAUCCCUGCAAGGUCGUUGAUUGCUCAGUUCUAACAUGUGAAGAAAGAGGUUAUGUUGUGGUUGCAACCAUUGGCGAUGAUCCUUGUUGCCCGGAAUAUACAUGCGUCCCUGAUGGUACCUUUACCACGGUACCUCCAGUUGUAUCCACUGAGUCUCCCUGUGAAAAUGUAAAAUGUACUUCAGAGAGAUCCUGCCUUCCCACUGAUACAGUUAUCGUGGCAACAAAUCCUGAAAAUCCUUGCUGCCCCUUGUACAUAUGUGAACCUCAGAUAACAACACCCAUUACUAUACCAAAGACAACAACUCCAACUACUCCUGUGGAUAUUUGCAAGGUCGUUGAUUGCCCAACGAUGACUUGCACACAGAAAGGUUCUUCCUUAGUGGGAGUGAAAGGACAAGAUCCUUGCUGUUUUGAGUAUAGUUGUGAAUGCAUAGAACCAUGUGGUCCACCAUUGAUUUGUAAGAGUGGAGCCAGACCAAUCAUAUCUAUUGAUAUAGAAAUGGAAUGCUGUCCAACUUAUAAAUGUCCUGAUGAAUCAAAGCUUCCAACGGUUCCUCCAAGCAUAACCACUCUACCGACACCCGAAAUCACAACUACACAGCCGACUUGCAAACAUGUGUUUUGUAUAAGAAACAAGUACUGUGCAGAUGGCGAAAUAACACUUGAAAGACCAAAUCCAUUGGAUCCUUGCUGCCCACUGUAUGAAUGUGUUGCCAUAUCAACACCUAAAUAUACUACACCUGGCACCCCAUCUAUUGUGACCUCAUCCAAGCCUGAUUGCAGCAGAGUGAUAUGUAACACCAAGAAAACAUGCAAACAAAAUGAGCGACUGGUUACAAAGUUGAACCCACUGAAUCCUUGCUGCCCAUUGUAUGAAUGUGAAUGUAAUUGCAAGACAGUACCAGCUUGCGGCAGUGACGAGAGACUGGUGGCCAUUCAUCAGAAGGACCAAUGCUGUCCCAAGUUGAAAUGUGAGAGGAAGAGAGACGAAUGCAAUCCAGUUCCUAAACUGGUCUCACUGUCUUCUGGGAAAUGCAGUGCCUCUGUGAUACUGUCAGUGUGCAGUGGAUACUGUCACUCUAGUACAGAAUACAGCAGCCUGUUGGAGCCUGUUUCUCAGUGCAGGUGCUGCUCUGUAACAACAACUCAACCUAAGAACUUUGAGCUGCCCUGCUUAGAUGGCACAAGGCUUCGUCUGACAGCACAGGAAGCUGUUCAGUGCGGGUGCAACAAGUGUUCUGGCUCAGACUACGACGGCAGCGGUGAUGAAAGUGAAGAGCAUAGUGGUGAAGGGAGUGGAUCUGCUUGGGAAGGAAGUGGAUCUGCUUGGGAAGGAAGUGGAGAAAGCAGUGGUCAUCAGCUAUGGUCAAACUUUGAGCACUUUACGGAAUGAUAAAAUAAAGUCUGGAAACAAAUGUGCUGCUUCAUGAUCCCUGUACAAUUGGAAAAUGUAAUUUAUCUAAAAUGAUAUUAUUCCUUCAUGUCUAAUCCACAAUGUAAUCUAGAUAAAUGUUGCAUUUUCUAUUAAAAAAUGAACCUUACAUGGAUCUGAUAACCUCAUGCCCAGAGCUGCCCUGAAAUACAAAGACCCAUUCAUGUUAAAAACUUAGCAGCAAUCUAGGGUUCACUAUGACAAUAAAAAAAUACCUAUUUUAUUGUAUUGGAGUUCUAAGUUAAUAAAUGUAAUUAUAAAAUAGGUAAGUACUUAAGAAAGUGCCCAUUAUGAUUUUACAAUUAUAUCAGUUAUAUUGUACUUUUUCCCCAAGAUCAUGUUCAAUUUAAUUUGAGUUUAUUUAAUCUAACUCAAUUCCCAGCUGAGCUAUUGGCAAGAUCAUUGACCAUAACAAUAAUGUAUAUAAAAGGAGCAAUUUGAAAUUGUAAUGAUCAAUUAAACUGCCGCUGAGGGAUAAUGUCACUUAAUUGAAGGACUUUUUUUUUGGCAGAUGAAACAUGGACCACUGUAUUUGAUAAGAAAUAUCUUGAAAUCAUUUAUUGAUGAGCUAUUGAGUCUUCCUAUCUAUUGAAGUAAUUGGUAAAAUGAAGGAUUUUUGUUUACGAAACCAUUUUUGAUGCAGGUUAUAUGUUGCUGGCACUCCAGAGAAUAUAUUGUUAGAAGGCAAUCACGUAUAUGUAUAUAGACAUCUAGAAAGUAUCUUUAUGUUUUUAGAGCAAUGUUAUAAAAAAAGGAUAUUUUAUGUAUUUAGCUUUGCUUUCUCUCUGUAUGUUUGACUUACCAGAUUUUAGAUUCCUGAAAACUUCAUGAAUAUAAAAUUGCAAGUCAAACAGAUUUGUUAAUUUUGUUGGGAAGUGCAAUUGAACUGCUGGUUGUGCUCUCAUGAAUAAAGAACACAUUUCUUUACAA